ACUUAUUUUUAUUUCAAUUAAGUGCAAUUACUCUUUGCAAUUUAAUUUCUCCGAAUUGAGUUUUUUAGUUCAGAUUCUCUUAAUUCAAAAUAACCGAACAUUCUUCCCGUCAAAAAAAAGAGAUUCUAAUUCUACUCUACCACCCAAGAAACAAGGAAGAAGGAAGUUGCUUAACGUUUCCAUCUUAGUUGGACAUUGACCCCUGCUUUUUUUACCUACUACUCAGUAAUCACAUAGUAAAACUCCCGCAACAGCCACCACCUCACCUCACAGUUCUCAGAAGCCACGACAAUAAUGGCAACUUUCACUUCUCCUCUCAUUUUUUCCCUUAUACUCUGUCUUUCUCACAUCACUGAAUCAGCUGCCCCUCUGUUGUUGGGAAAGUAUGCUAAAAAGCCCAACAAAUUAUCAUACAAGUAUGAAACUCAGUACUUCACUCAGAAACUUGAUCACUUUAGUUUCCACGAGUAUGGGAAUUUCUCGCAACGUUAUCUCAUCAACACUGAUGACUGGGUCGGCGCGCAGCGCAGGGGACCCAUCUUUAUGUAUUGCGGUAAUGAGGGCGAUAUUGAAUGGUUCGCUUCUAAUUCUGGCUUUCUCUGGGAUAUUGCGCCUCAUUUCGGCGCCUUGCUUCUCUUCCCCGAGCAUCGUUAUUAUGGGGAAUCAAUGCCUUAUGGAAGCAAAGAAGAAGCAUAUAAAGAUAGCACUACCUUAUCAUAUCUUACUGCAGAACAAGCGAUUGCUGAUUAUGCCGUGUUGCUCAGAGAAUUAAAGAGAAAUUUGUCUGCUCAGGAUUGUCCUGUUGUAUUGUUUGGUGGAUCAUAUGGUGGAAUGUUAGCUGCAUGGAUGAGGCUCAAGUAUCCACAUCUCACAGUUGGUGCCCUGGCUUCUUCAGCGCCAAUACUUCAAUUUGAAAAUAUUGUGCCACCUGAGACAUUUUAUGACAUAGUCUCCAACGAUUUUAGACGUGAAAGCACCAGCUGUUUCAACACAAUAAAGGAGUCUUGGGGUGCAUUACAAUCCAUGGCUGAGAAUGCAGAUGGCCUGAUUCAGCUUACUAAAACAUUCCAUCUUUGCGGGGAAUUGAAGAGAGCUCAAGAUCUUUCUGACUGGUUAUCAUCAGCUUAUAGUUAUUUAGCCAUGGUAAACUACCCGUAUCCUUCAGACUUCUUGAUGUCUUUGCCUGGACAUCCAAUAAGAGAGGUUUGCAGAAGGAUAGACAGUGCUGCUGAUGGUACCAGUGUUCUAGAUCGCAUUUUCAAUGGAGUCACUGUUUAUUACAACUACAGUGGGACUGUCGACUGCUUCAAAUUGGAUGAUGAUCCUCAUGGAAUGAGUGGCUGGCAAUGGCAGGCGUGUACGGAGAUGGUAAUGCCAAUGUCUAGUGACCCCAAAACAAGCAUGUUUCCAACAUUUACUUUUAACUACACCUAUGAGCAAGAGCGUUGCAUGAAAUCAUACGGUGUAAAGCCACGAGGCAGAUGGAUAACCACUGAAUUUGGUGGACAUGAUUUUAAGACUACCUGGAAAGAAAGUGGGAGUAACAUAAUCUUUGCAAGUGGGUUACUGGAUCCCUGGAGUGGUGGGAGUGUUCUGCAGAAUGUCUCAGAAACUCUAGUCGCCCUUGUUACAGAAGAAGGAGCCCAUCACCUAGAUUUGCGAGCGUCAACUCCCAAUGAUCCUGAUUGGCUGGUCCAACAGAGAGCAUCUGAGAUUCGGUUGAUUCAAGGUUGGAUAGAUGAUUACAACCGGAACCACAAUCAAGGCAGGGGCUCUGCCUUCAGUAUGUAAACAUUGUAGAUUUCCUAUCCUGAGGGACGCCUUACACCCACUAUAUGUCUAUAUGCGUAUAUCAGAACCUUUCUCUUGGUUCUUCUAACACGCUCGGAAAGGGGAAUAGUGUUAGCAACUUAUGCUCUUGUAAAGAUCACUGAACUAUCUAAUUAUUGAUAUAUCUUCAAAUUUACUUCGUCUUGGGAAAUGGAAAUGCAUGUAAUGGUUGCUAUUUGAUGUAUAACAGUAUAAGUAAUUGAUGUUGGAAAACAAUGUCUCAUUAGUUGUUACUUUAAUGUCUUUAAUUAAUAGUUAUUCAUAAUGUUAUUAUUAUCUCGUUAAA